AUGAGAAACUUAUAUGCUGUCCUAGCAGCUGUCCUCUCUGGGCUGGUGCAAGCCACGAAUCUACCGCCUGCACCUCACAGGUUGACCGUACGACAGGAUGUUGACCCAACAGAGCUGUACCCUGCUCAUUACAUUUCUAUGCCAGUGGAUCACUUCCACAACGAGUCCCGAUACGAGCCACAUUCAAACAAGACCUUCAAUCUUCGCUACUAUUUUGACGCCACGUACUACAAGCCCGGCGGCCCUGUGAUAGUGCUGCAGAGCGGAGAGGCAGACGCUAGCACGCGCCUGCCGUACCUCCAGAAAGGAAUUGUCUACCAGUUAGCAUCGGCUCUCAACGGCAUCGGCGUGGUGUUGGAACAUAGGUAUUAUGGAAAGAGCUUCCCUACAGCCAACCUUUCGACCGAGAACCUGCGGUUCUUAUCCACAGACCAGGCCGUUGCCGAUCAAGCAUACUUUGCAUCACAUAUCGUCUUUCCGGGGCUGGAGCAUCUCAACUUGACGGCUCCUGGCACACCCUAUCUUGCUUACGGCGGUUCCUACUCUGGGGGUGUCGUCGCAUUCUUGCGCAAGUUAUACCCUGAAAUUUACUGGGGCGCAAUUUCAUCGUCUGGAGUCGUAGAAGCCAUCUAUGACUACUGGGAUUACUAUGAACCGGUUCGCCAGUACGGUCCACCGGCGUGUAUCGCAGCACAAACAAAGCUGAUCAACAUUAUGGAUAACAUUCUCAAGAAGAAUGACGCAAAAACCGUCGCACAACUCAAGGAGGGGUUCGGUUUGCAGGGCCUCACGCACAAUGAUGAUGUGGCAAGCCUAGCAUCAAACGGAAUUGGCUGGUGGCAGUCGAGAAACUGGGACCCGGCCGUCAACAGUCCAGAGUUCAGCUACUAUUGCGGAAAUAUCAGCUCCGACACUCUUCUUUGGCCCAGCUAUUCGAGCAUGAAGUCCAACGCUACCGCGCUUAUCACGGCGGGUGGAUGGGGAAAUGAAAGCGCACAACUGCUGAAUCCGAUGCUCAAUUGGCUGGCAUGGACUAACAACAGUUACGCUGGGUCGUGCGAUGGCACGCUCGAUGAGUGCUACGGCACUCACAAUGCGUCAGCGCCAAUGUAUGCCGACAAGAACAUCACCAACUAUGUUGCACUGUCAUGGGCAUAUCAGUACUGUAAAGAAUGGGGCUAUAUUCAAGACGGAGCCAAUGUUCCGAAUGACCGACUUCCUCUCGUAUCCCGUCUGCUGACUAUCGAGUAUCUGACGCAAGUUUGCCGGUAUGCAUUCAACAUUACCACUCCGCCGAACGUCAACGCUGUAAAUAAAUACGGCGGCUACAACAUCUCCUAUCCGAGACUGGCGACCAUAGGAGGUCAGGCCGACCCCUGGCGCCCCGCUACCGCGUUGGCGACGUUGGCUAAACCCGAUGUCCUGAACCAAACGAGUACGCCAAGCGAGCCCGUCAUCUUGAUUCAAGGAGCAGUGCAUCACUGGGACGAAAACGGUUUGUUUCCAAAUGAGACAACACCAAGCCUGCCACCGGCUCCGGUCGCCAACGCACAAAGGCAAAUCGUAGAAGCGGCCAAAGGAUGGAUGGCAGAGUGGAAUGCAACCCGCCUUUAA